GCUUGCAUUUUGUCACUCAGGCCUUAGCCCAGAUGUCACCUCCUCCGAGAGGACUUCCCUGACCAGCCUGGCCAAAGUACAAACCCCAGCACUCGGCAUCCACGCCGCCGUGCUGCAAUGCACCGCAGCCUCCUUCCUUGGGUACUGUCUUGCCCCAUUCUGAGAUGUCUGCUCCAAGAGGCCAGGGAAGUUUGCCAGCAGCCCCAUUCAUUGUUGUAGCACCAGGGUCUAGAAGAGGACUGGGCAUGUAAUGGGCGCUCAAUAAAAAUGACUGGGGUGAAGGAGCUCGGGCCUGUGUAGUUCGCAGUGCCAAGCACUGCCCAAGCUAACAUGUGCAUUAACUUAUUUAAUCUUCCCCAUCAAGCUGUGGAGUAGGUUGUCACCAGCCCUAUUUCACAAGUGAGGAGCAGGUCUUAGAUUAAGCAGUUGUCCCAGGGCUGCACAGCUGGUAGUGGAGGAGCUGGGACUCAGGUGGGGGCCAGAUACAGCUCUGAGGAAGUAGAUUUAUCAGACCCACUUUCCAGAGGAGAAAAUGGGCCAAGGAAAGGAAGGAGUUGCCUGAGGUUGGUCUGUAAGUGGCUGCCUCUGGAUUCAAACCCAGGUCCCGCCUCCCAGUGGGGCCUUAAGCUCAUCAGACCCUGUUUACCUGGGCAGAGAAUUCCAACCCGCCCCGCGCUGGAGCUCAGGGGCCGGAAGCUGGAGGGGAGGGUGCAGGGAGUGGGCCCCCAUGAAUAAUAGAGGGUCUCAGACGGGUCUCCGCCCCGCAGCUGUUGCCCUCCAUCUGGCGGGGAGCGGGUGGUGGUGACGUCACUUCCUCCCGUGGGGGCCACUGGGGGCGCGGGUUAUAAGGAGCUGCCUCCCCGGCCGCACGGUGCGAGGACCCUGGUCCGGACGCCCCACCAUGCAGCGCCGCGAGCCCACCGUGCCGCUCUUGCUGCUGCUGCUGCCUCCUUUGCUGGCGCUGCUGCUCGGGGCGGCCACCGCGGCUCCCCUGGCACCGCGACCCUCCAAGGAGGAGCUGACCCGCUGUCUGGCAGAGGUGGUCACAGAAGUGCUGAUGCUGGGCCAGGCCAAGCGAGGCCCCUGCAUGGCUCUCCUCCACAAAGAAAUGUGUGAGACAGAGUCCUGCGGCUGUGGGUCCACUGACGAGAAAGGCCUCCUGGUUGGGGAUUUUAAAAAGCCAGAGGCUGGGAAGACAAGAUCCAGCCAGGAGGUGAGGGACAAGGAAGAGGAGGCAGCAGAAAGGACCCACAAGGCCGAAGUGCGGGAACCGGCCAUCCACGAGCAGCUCCACGGCCGGCUCCGCCAGAAGCACAGAGAGGAGGAGGAGGAAAAGGAGAGGGGGCCCAUGGAGGCCACUGAGGGCCCGUGGAAGCGGGUGGCAGAGCAGACCAGCGAUGAGGAGACAGCCCAGUUCGAGGCAGAGGAGAAGGGGGUGCAGGUGCUGGGCAGGGGCCACAGCCUGUGGCCGGGUGCCGAGGCGGGUGGAGAGAGACGCGAGGACCGCCACCACCUCCACCAGGCAGAAGCUGAGCCCAAGCAGGAGAAGAGAGAGGCUGCGGACAGGAGGUGACGUGACGUGGAACGGCUGGAGCACACGAGAGAUGAGCUGAAGGAGGUGACGGAGAUGCUGGGAGAGGAGCUCAGGAGGGCGGGCGGACCCCUGACCUCGUGUCCUCCUUCCUCACACACCCUACGGCUUAGGACUGUUGACCCCCAAACCCUUCCAGUCCGUCACCCCACUCUGCUCCCCAACCUGCAGGAGUGGAGAGAAGGGUGCACCUUGAAACCAGGCCUGAGGGGCCAAGUCUGAGCUGGGUAGAGGGGCUGGGCUCAGACUGACUCAGGAAACAGCCCUGACACCCGUCUAACGCAGUCCAACCCUCCCGAGUGAAUAAAGCACAAAGAA